UAGGGCAGCCAUGCCCGUCUCCAGGACGCAGCUCUACCGUUUCAGUCCCAGAGCUGCCACAGGCAGUACGUCGAUGAACAACCCUCUAAGGACCCCGCUGAGAGCGCUGGACCUGGCCAACUGCUCCCUGAACCACGCGGACAUGGCCUUCCUGGCAGACGGCACCCACGCUGCCCACCUGGAGAUGCUGGACCUCAGCGGGCACAGCCUGCUCAGCCUGUUCCCCUCAACCUUCUCCAGGCUGCUGGGCCGCGCAGCACAGACGCUGAGGGUGCUUACCCUGGAGGAGUGCAGCAUCACCGAUGGCCAGGUGAGCAUGUUGAUCCUGGCCCUGGGCGCCUGCCGCCAGCUGCAGGAGCUGCGCUUCCUGGGCAACCCCCUGUCUGCCCAUGCCCUCCGGCAUCUCUUCGUGGCUCUCUGUGAGCUGCCCCGGCUGCACUGGGUGGAGUUCCCAGUGCCCACCGACUGCUACCCCGAGGGCACCGCCUACCCCCAGGAUGAGCUGGCCGCGUCCAAGUUCGACCGGCAGAAAUAUGACGCAAUCGCUGAGGACCUGCGUGGUGUGCUGCUGCGGGCCGGCCGGGAGGACGUCCAGGUCUCCACUCCCGUCUUUGGAAGUUUCGACCCAGACAUUCAGGAAACAAGCAAUGAACUUGGAGCUUUCUUGCUGCAGGCUUUCAAGGCUGCCCUCGAAAACUUCUCCCAGGCCCUGAGACAGAUGGAGUAGGCCUGGGCGGCAGCUCGUGCCCCCGCCACUGUCUGCAAAGCAUCUCUUAGUGAAAGUUGUUUGCGACAUCUUUUAGACUCUGGAGGAGAGGAUGUCCGGCCUUUCGGGCGAUGAGGGCCGAGGCCACUUUAGUGUCAGAGCACAAGGGGCCUGCGCGGAACGUGGCCAGGGGGUUGGCAGAAGCACCCACACAGGAGUAGCACAGAGAAGCACCCGAGUGGCGGUUGUGGUCAUGGCAGUCCCAGGGCUGUGUGUGAGGUGCAGGCGGCAGGGGAGCCAGGAGGAGGUGGCAGGAGCAGGGUGUCAGGCUGGCGGGAGGAAGUGAGAUCACUUGUCAUAGAACAGAUGACAGCAACACAACCUAGUGGGAGGAGAGUGAAAAUGAAGGGCAGGGGGGCCCCCACUGUGCUGUCUGCCCCUCCCUCUCCGUUGUCAGCAGUGCCGCUUACAAGGGGACAAAGGUGACCUCCGUUUGAAUAUUUACAAAGGUCAGUCUAGCAUGGAACGUGGGCUUGGGCUAAUGGCUUCUGUCUGCUUCUGAAGAUGUGAGUGUGCUCACUCUGCUGCUGCUGACUGAGCUGGAGAGCACGGGGGUGACAAGCAUAGCGUCUGGGGAGGGCCACUGUCACUGUGGGAACCGCUCCUGCCACCCAGUUGGCCUCCAUCGGAUUCCCCGUUGGGCCCAGGGAGCUCCUGGUGCCUGAGAAGAGGAUGAAGGGGACUCGGUUCCCCAAGUCCCUGUUUUGUGCAGAGCUCUUACGACAAUCAAACACGAAUAAAACAGAAG